AUGCAAACGCCUCUUCAUUCCGAAAAUCAUCGGUACAAAACAGUAAAAUACAUUCGAAACGACGACGACGAUGAUGAUAAUGAUGACGAUGAAAAACAAUACUUGAGAAAUCAAUCGACUGGUAAUAAUACUCGUUCGAUGUCUUCCGGUUUAAGAAAUUCUAUACGUCAGCUGACGUCAUGUGCUUCAGCAAGACGCAAACCCGGUCGGAAUUCCAAUCAUGUCAAAUCCAUCAAUGAUUCAAAUCUUACAUACAAAGAUGAACAACGCAACGCAUCGGCAAAAUCCUCUUCAACUCAUAAACAACCCAAUCGUCCCGCACUUUUAUCCAUCCAAUCGCCUAGUCAUGACAUUCCACCAGCUCUACCACCACGGAAACCGUUGGAUAAAAAGAACAGUGCUCAAACAUCAUCAGCAAUAUUAAAUUCAACUGCAUUCAAUCAAUCUUCAACACAAUUAACAGCGAACAAUGUCAAUGAAACCUCUCCAAUAACAACUUCAUCAUCAUCAAUUCUACCUCCGCGUGUUUUACCUAUCAAACCAACACUUUAUCUGGCUCAAACGAUUAGUACUAGUUUGGUAAAUUUAAUGGGCACAGCAUCGGAUUCAAUCGGUGUUAAUAAUUCUACACAAUCGACUAAACAAGAACCUCGACUACGUAAACAUAGCGUCUUCAGCUUCUUACAGCGUAUUUCAACGGCACCUUCAACAACGGUCGAUCGAUUAGGCUUGUUCGAUCCACUAUCCAAUAUCAGUACAAAUGGUAUGGUUGAAUCACCUUCAUCACAUCGAACAGUCUUCAAUGGCAGUGCUAUGUCGAUUCCUUAUACGAAAUCAAUCAAUGAUUUCACUUGGUGUUAUGAAAGUUCUAACAUGAAUUCGAUUUCCACGCGAACAAGUGUUGAUGAAUGUUUACCACAAUUAGAAAUUGAUGAUAAACCGUUAAUCUAUCGACAGCAGUUCGAAUCAACUGAACAUUUUAAUUGGUAUGGCACGAGUGAAAGUCAAGGACAUGUUAUUAUUUCAUAUAAACAUUCUAUUGAUCAGAAUAAACAACGAUCUGUAAUGUCAAUUGUUAGAACGCGACAACGGACUCUGAUUGAAUCGUUCACUGAUAUCCCAUCAUCAAUGGCUCCAAGUGAUAUUUUACAUCGUAUAUGUGAACAAUGUGCUAUCAAUGAUGUCGAAUAUUUCGAUCCGGUGCUAUGCGAUGGAGCACAUGAUUUAUUAUUAAAAUAUGAUGAAUCACAUGUAUCGAAUCAGCAUAAAUUUGGAAUCAUCUAUCAACGUGAAAAUCAAUUGAGUGAAGAAGAUAUCUUCAGUAAUGAAACGCACAGUGUAGCCAUGGAUAAAUUCUUAAAUUUAAUUGGAACACGCGUGAAACUAAAAGAUUUCCGAGGAUUUCGUGGUGGUUUGGAUGUCAAAUGUGAUCAGACAGGAGUGGAGUCAGUCUACGAACAAUUUCAUGAUCAUGAAAUUAUGUUUCAUGUUAGUACAUUGCUACCACAUUCGAAAAGUGAACGACAGCAACUAGAACGAAAGCGUCAUAUUGGCAAUGAUAUCGUUGCCAUUGUCUUUCAAGAAACCGAAACAUUAUUCAAUCCCGAAUGUAUCGCAUCGCAAUUUCUCCAUGUUUAUCUCGUUGUUACGCCAUUAGACUCAACAGGCAAUGAAUUCAAAGUUUCAGUUAUUCAUCGGGAUAGUGUCCCACCCUUCGGACCAAACUCGAAUCUUUCCACAUCGUUCCACUGCGAUCAGAUCUUCAAGCAAUGGAUAUUAACGAAAUUAAUCAAUGCUGAAAUGGCGUCGUGUCGUGCUAGUACAUUUCAAAAAUAUCAAGUAAAAUUAAUUCGAUCUGAUUUGUUCAGAAUAUACAGUUUUGCUUUUAUAGGAACGAACAAAGAUGACUCUGUUCGAAAACUUAUAUCUCAAUAUAAACAUGAAUGUGAACUUGAACAACAGCAACAUCAACGUGAAGAAACACAAAAUAACACUUUGAAAACACCAGAUCGGCAUGGUGAUAGUUCACUGCUCGGUUCCGUUCGACGUCGAUUCAUUGCACCGAAACUACGUGUGCAAAAUCCAGCAUCAUCUCCUGCAACAACAAUCAUCGUUACUACACCACCUUCGAACGAUGCACGAACGAAAACACGUUCGAUGACGAUGGACUUACGACGAAGUGCAUCACGAGAGUCAAUCACAACGAACGGUCAUGGAACAAGUAAUGGAAAUGGUAGUGGAAAAAUGGCUUUGUUUUUUUCAUCGUCGAAAAAUAACAGUCCACGAAUUGAUAAAUCAAUGACCAAUCGAUCUCUAGCUGAUCCAGAAAAUCUCGAUUCAUCGUCCAGCUCACGUUUUAACAGCAAGUUAUUAUCACCAGCAACUUGUCCGUCUUCUCCAUGGACGCCUGGACCUUCGAAUGGUUUUCUAUCAUCUCCAACAACUGAAUUAAGUCCUAACGUUGAUUCUUCCUCUCAAUCGACAUCGAUGUUAAACACAUCGUUCAGUUUCAAUCAUAAAUUUUCAUCAGAGGAUACUGAUAAUGAUAAUCACGUGCAAUUAAUACCUGAAGAUCUCCAAGCAUCAUCAAAAGAGGAAUUAAUCAAAUGUGUUCUUGCUUUGCAACAACAACAUUCGAAUAGAAUCGCUCAAAUGGAUCAAAUUCAUUCGAAUGCUCUACGACGCUUAGAACUGCAAUUAAUGCAACAACAAAAUGCUAUCGAUCGAGAUAGUCCAUAA